AUGAAGCCCAACUGGGAACCUUUUGUGCAAUCCAAUGCGGAUGAUUGGACCACUGUACCAGACCCCGCUCAGCGCAAGCGGAUCCAAAACCGGCUCUCUCAACGGGCGAGGCGCUCGCGACUUUCUGUCAGACAACAGAAAGCAAAACAGAAUGAUGUCAAUGAUAUAGAAACUGGCGCCCUGGUGAGGACAGAUGCUGCUUGUAGUCGCGAGCAACCAUCCACAGAAGGUCUAGGUGCCGCGUUUGUGGAUGUGUUCAACCCAAGCUUGCUGGAUACACAGCACAUGCCACAAGCGCCCAUGACUGACACCCAUUUUCUCGUCCUGUCAGACAUGACCUCCUCUGCUGCCAUGGUAGCCAUCGCCCAAUGUCUCAACCUUGACUGCCAAGUCAAGCCCGGCUUUCACAUCAGAGCCCCAGUCAAUAACAUCCCCUAUGGUAUAGCGCCUACCCAGCUGCAAAAGAGCGUUGCACACCCUUCAUACUUGGACAUGUUGCCAUGGGCUUCACUUAGGGAUCGGCUCAUCAAAUCCCUUCCCACCAUCAAUCAAGGUGAAUUUACGCAUGAUCUACAAAUUGGAAGUCUUAGAGUAUGGGGGGCUGUGCCGUGGGAUGCAAUGGGGUGGGAGGUCACCGAGGACUUUGCCAAAAGAUGGUGGUUUUUGAUGGAUGGUGGAAUCAUCCAGACAACUAAUUUUUGGAGAACACAACGAGGGGAGAUGCCAUUGUCACUGGAACUGUUGCAACGCUGA